AUGGGAUGGAGGAUCAGGAAUGGUAUGUCCAUUUCUAUUUGGAAUGAUUGUUGGCUCCUGGGGUUCCCUGUUCGUAAAGUAACUUCUUCACAGUCUACGCAAGUGGAUUUAGUUUCGGAUUUAAUUGACAUGGACGAAAGAAGUUGGAAUAUUGAUCUCAUCAACCCUAUCUUUAAUGAGGCAGAUAUAGAAUCCAUCCUUGAUAUUCACAUGUCGAAUUCCAAUCAAAAUGACAUCCUCUGCUGGAAGGGUGAAGGUUCUGGGCUAUACACAAAUCUACUUACAAAGCGAGUCAGUAUUAGCAAUUUCUGUCCUAGAUGCAACCAGUCAAUUGAAGACAAUACUCAUGUGGGCAGGGAUUGUCCAUAUGCAAGGAAAGUUUGGAGGUUACUUGAUAUUCGGUGGUCAGACGAUGCAAGCAACUUAUGUUUCAAGGAAUGGCUCCUAAGGCUUUUCAUGACUCACAACAAAGGUAAACACAUUUGUAUUGCAGUCACUAUUUGGUCUCUUUGGUUUGCAAGAAACAGAAUCAUCUGUGAACACCAAUACCCUUUGUUCGUAGCCAUUGUACAGAAAUGCAGGAUGUAUCUUCGUCACUUCUCCAUCCGCACACACGUCUUAGCCUGGUGGAAACCUCCUCUUGAGCCCACAACAAAGUUGAAUUUUGAUGUUUGUUUCUCCUAUGCGCACCAAAAAUCUUGCUCGGGUUUUAUAAUCAGGGAUAGUGCUGGGUUUGUUCUUGGAUCUGGAUUUAUUCAUACCCACCACAUUACCUAUGUGUUUAUGGCAGAAGCUUUAGUAAUCCUCCAAGGUGUUCAUUUUGCGAAGGAUAUUGGCAUCACAAGAUCAACAUUAGAGAGUGAUUCCAAGAAGAUAACUUAG